AUGAUGACCACGCCUGCUAUUAUUGGGAAUAUUUUCAAAACAUUUAAACAUCAAACCAAGUUUCUUCACGAAAGAGAUCGUUUAUUUUCUGCUAGUGUAUUAUCAUCGCUGACUAGUACUCCACCACUAUCACCACUACGACCAACUACAACUCAAUCACCAUUACCUGAUUAUCUCGAUAUUGAUGCACAACAUAUUCAAGAUAUUCUCGAUACUACGGACCAGUCGAAUCUAACAACAGCUGUGCUAACGACCUCGGAUGUUACAGAUAUCGUUAAACAAAAAAGGUCGAUUCCGGAUGACUAUUCGAUACCUACAUUACCAUCAUCUCUUCAAGAAGCAAUUAGAAACGGAGAUAUGAAAAAAUUUGACAAUCAUUGUAAUCACCGGAGUAUCCAGACAAAAAAUGAUUAUACUAACGUGACAAGAGGCAUAUUAAAUCAUUUAAAAAUUCCAAUUACAAACGACAAUAUGAAUUCAUGGAAGAAUUCUAUCCAAUCAAAAAUGAAACAGCAACGCAGACCGUUGGCAACAACAAAUAGUGAAAUUAUGGAAGCGAAGAAAAAGUAUGCGCAUGAAAAAUCUGGACGACCUAUAAAGGUCAACGAAGAAAAGUAUGCUGAAAGAAGAAUUGAUCGAUUGGCUAUUAUUCAAAGCGAUAUGAACAGUGAAGAUAUCCAGAAAAGUAUCGAAUCGAUCACAAAUGAAUUAAAGAAGGAUGAACCCGAUUGGGAGAGUGUGUUGAUAGCUUGGGAAACAACACUGAAGGAGCGUCGUAUUUUUGUUGUAAGAAAUAAAAUUGGUGAUGUAUUGGAGCUGUAUUCCGGCUAUAAACACAAGGAACUGAUUUAUCAUGAAGUCAAAUUAAUUUGUGGUUUGGAUGUAUUAGAAAAAACAAGAGCAUGUAUUGAUUUAGUAUAUAAUAAAAUGAGUUCAAACGAAAAAAAGUUAUUUGUCACGGAUCCGUUACCAUUUCGUGUGAUUAAACUAUUAUGCAAACGAUUGAAUGAAUCGUGGAAACAUAUAUUGAUUCGAGA